GAAAGUAUGGCGCCUGCGGGCCCGCGGCUGGUGCUGUGUGAGGAGAAGAUCCGGGAGAAGAGCGGCCUGGCGCCUCACCAGGAUCUGGAGAGAGACACAGCGAGAGAGGGAACACAAGCAGGGGGAGUGGGAGAGGGAGAAGCAGGCUUCCCGCCGAGCAGGGAGCCCGAUGCGGGGCUGGAUCCCAGGACCCUGGGACCGUGACCUGAGCCGAAGGCAGGCGCCGAACGACUGAGCCACCCAGCGCCCCUAGCUGAACUUCAGUCAUUAUCUAUUCAUGGAACUUACCAAGAAAAGAUUACUCACCUGGGAACUUCUUUGAUGAAUUUAACAGGUCUAAAAUCUUUAGACCUCUCACGCAACUCCUUGGUGAGUCUAGAGGGCAUUCAGUACCUGACCGCACUGGAAAGUCUCAAUCUCUACUACAACAGCAUCUCCUCCUUAGCGGAAGUGCUUCGGCUCCACUGCUUGACGGAACUCACGGAUGUGGACUUCCGGCUGAACCCUGUGGUGAAGAAUGAAUCUGAUUACCGCCUUUUUGUUGUGCACAUGCUCCCGAAGCUCAGGCAGCUGGAUGACCGUCCUGUGAGAGAGAGCGAGCGGAAAGCAUCCCGGCUGCAUUUUGCAUCAGAGGAAUCACUCGCCUCAAAGCAGAGCUUCCCAGCUGUUUUCAGAGUCGGAAGACCAUGCCACUCUAGGGCCCUGUGCACUGACCCCUCGGCCAAGAAGUGCUUGGUCAUGGAUGCAGAUGAUGAGGCGGUCCUGAACCUCAUUGCUGAGUGCGAGUGGGACUUGAGCAACCCUCCUGGGAGCGCAAGUUCCAGCCAGAGGGAGCGAGAGGCCGACCUCCACAGUUCCCAAGAAUCCAGACAUCUGUUGAGUCCUCAGUCAGUGCAGCACCAGUGUGGGGAUUCCAUAAGGAAGGGCCAUGAGAAGAGGAAAGGCAGCUCUCGAGGGUGCGGUCCAGAAAAGAGGCUUCAGAACCAGUACUGUGGGGAGCUGCCCCCACAGUGUGGACAGCACGUGCGCUUUACCCCACACCCAGAUUCCACAGACAUUGAGGACUCGGCCCUUUCUCAGAAGUCAAGCUUGUCAGCACAAAGGGUGUUAAAUCCAUUGCCUGCUCCUGAAAAGUACAGGAAGCGAAGAAUGCCUGGCGGGAGAUUCCAGGCACCUGCAGACCAGGAGUGUCUGAGACGCCUGGAGAGGCCCAACGUAUCCUUGAGCCCCGAGGAGACUCUGAGCAGGGAGAGUGGCUCGGAGGGCAGGAGCGAAAGGACCCUGUCUCGCUCCGAGGCGUCGGAGCCUGAGGAGGAGGGGCCCCACAGCAGGAGUGGCACCGGAGAGGUAGCUCCCACGCUGUACGCGGCUGUGUCGCCUGUGAGGAAGGCUGAGCUGCAGGUGGCGCUUCUGGAGGCGCUCCUCGACCUGGUGGACCGGUACUGGAGCGGCUGCAAGUCCCUGCACGGCAACGAGGUGUUCUGCGCUCAGGCAAGACAUAUUUUGUCCUCUGUGCAAGAAUUUACAGCAACUCAGGAUAGUUCAACAAGUGUGAGUGAAGAAAUUAGCUACCUUACUCUGGAAAAUAAAUCUCUGCAGAAGCACCUUGCUGAACAGCAGCAGCAGUACCGUGUGAAGAUGAGUGAGGCGGUGUCGGAACUCAGCGAUGUGCGGAAGGAGAUGGAUGACUUGAGGCAACAUUUAGACAAAUCUUUGGAGGAGAAUAGUAGCUUAAAGGCUCUUUUGUUCAGCAUGAAAAAAGAAGCAAAAAAUGCAGACACUGCAGCUACGUUAAAUGUGCAGAUCACUGGACUUCAAACCAGUGUGAAGAGGCUCUCUGGUGAGAUUGUGGAAUUAAAGCAGCAUCUGGAGCACUAUGACAAGAUCCAGGAGCUCACCCAGAUGCUGCAGGAGAGCCACAGCUCCCUGGUGAGCACCAACGAGCAUCUCCUGCAGGAGCUGAGCCAGGUGCGGGCGCAGCACAAGGCCGAGGUGGAGCAGCUAAACUGGAGCUAUAAGGAGCUCAAGAAGACGCUGGCCCUGUUCCCGCACAGCAGCGCCAGCCUCGGCGGCUGCUAGUCCCCCCCCCCCACCUGUGCACCCACACCUGGCCUCCAGGUGCCGUGGCUGGAGCAUUUGUAUUUGUUUUGCCAAGCCUAGUAAAACGUGGGAGUUCUUUUCUACCUAGCGUGUUUGUUGGCAAGAGCUGGGUCUUCUGUCCGUAACUAUCCUAAGUGUUUUGCAAUGUAUUCAGGGCCUGUAGCUUGGUUUUCUAAAACGUCCUAAGAAAGACAGGAUUGAUCUGUCUCUGAGUGAGUCUGGGAGUAAGGAUGUGCAUGGUGUGGUAUUUGCAGAGAGCGGGCAACCAGGAUUAUUAUUCUUUCGGACUCCGGCAUGCUGCUCAUGUUUCCUGAAAUACAACUGAGAUUUUACCCAAAAAAAGGAUUAAUCUAAGCCCUUCACGUGUUUUGAGACAAGAAACAUUGAUAUAUUUUGAGACCAACAUUAUUAAUUUUUCGUAAAAUACCUUGAGAUAAAGAAAAUGCAGUAUUUUUUUCCUUGAUGUAAAAGAGAAUGGUGUCUGAUCACUAAGUGAUUUUGUGUGACACUCAGUCCUUGUUUAAUAAACUAACAGAUUGUUUUAAAAAGUGGCUUUUUAUAAAUUAUAACUGAAUUUUUCUCAUUAAAUUCUUUUAUAAAACAAGCUAUGCACCAAGUGAGCAGGGACAAAUAUGUUCCUAGACUGAAUAACAGUAACACUUAGAGUUUGGGGAAACAUUACAAAUACUGUUUCACGAUACUAACACCCCACACUGAGAGUAUCUGUAUCCACUCCCCCCCACCCCCCGCUGCUCUCUUGCUUGCAGUGCAUUUCUGAAAAUUAGAGCAUAACAGGGCAAAAUAUUAGAUUUUUAGUUUGGAAGCUUCAUAUCUUAUGCAAAUACUUGCUUUCUUUGGUAAAGCAAAGUAAUUUUUUAAAACAGUACUUAGUUGAUUUAGGAAGAAGAGCGGGCAGGCCUAGAAGUACAUGCUCGGUGGUGGCGGCGUGUGCGUCAGGCUCUGCGGCUGGGGGUCAGGGAUCCCCGCCUGUCCCUCGGGAGGUGGUUUCCCCAGUCCCCUCCCUGUAUGGUCGUCGCUGUGUCCUUCAGCGCUGGUUUCUGUAACUCAGCAGGAAAACAUGGCACACCAAAUGUGCUUUGUGUGUGGGUGGGGUUUCUUUCAUCGUCAGAUCAUUUUUUUAUUUAUUUAAAAGAUUUUAGCAGUAAUCCAUUUUAAGCUUAUUAGAAAGGAUCACCAUGCUAUUACUUUAUGUUUCUCUUGCCUGGGUUUCAUUGAGCUUAGACCUGGGAGUUUAUCAUUUUCUUCAAAUAUGGAGAAGUUUUGGCCACCAUUUCUCCAAAAUUGUUACUUGACCCGGCCUCCCUCCCUCCUGGGACUCCAGUGACACUCAGCCAGACCACUUGUGGAGUCCCCACACAUCCCCAAACUCGGGUCUUUUCCCCCAUCUUUUGUUCGUGGCUUCAGUUUGGGUCGUUCCUACUGCCCUGAUCUGCCUCUAUGUAUAGUGGAUUUCUAAUUUCAGAGAUUACGUAUGUUUUUAGUUCUAAAAUUCCAUUUGGUUCUUUCUUAUUAACUUUCUGUGUCCUGUUAUAUUCACGUCUCAUGUAAGUCCUGAGCCAUGUUCUUCCUGCCCUCACUGUAGGUGACCUCAGAUUGCCCCCGAGGUGGUUACACUGAUGCUCCGCGCCGUUAGAAGCGUGUUAUGUCUGUUGGUCUGUGUUCUCAGCACCUUCGUGUCCUCGUUCUCGAGGGUGUGUGAUCUGUCGUGCUUUUGUACAUGGCCUUUACCAGGUGAAAGCAGCUCCUUCUAUUGCUAAUCUAAGAUGUUUUUAUCGUGAAUGGAUGAAUUUUAUCAGACACUUUUUUCUGCAGCCAUUAGGAUGACUGGGUGAUUUUUCUCCUUUAUUCUGCUGGUGUGGUUAACUACUGUAAUUUGCAAACGUAAAAAGAACCUUACACGUCUGGGUUAAGCGCAACGUAGUAAUGAUGAGUUUUCCCUUGCAAACCUACUGUUGGAUUUGGUUAAUAUUUUGUGUAGGAUUUUAUGUUGUGGGUACACCACUCAGGGUCUAACUUUUCCAUUAUUUAAAAUCUCUGGGUCUCCACUUCCUCAUUUGUAGAGCCUGUGCUCAGGGUGUUGUGAGGAGUACAGGGUGAUUGCAGUCAGGUCCGAGGACUGGCCUGGCACAGUGAGCACAGUGCGGCUGUGGGCCCUAGCAGCAGUAACUAGUUCUGCCUCCCUGCGGAUUUCCCUUUCUGCUGCCGUCGUCCUGCGGGUCUGAGCCACUACACUGUCCCCAGGAGAAGAGUUCGGUUGUGCAUCCUUCCCUGCUGUCUAGGAGAAUCUAGGACAGGUUGUAAUUAUCUCUUCCCUGAGUGUUUAGUGGAACUUGCUAAGGAAGUCAGCUGUGCCUGAAAUUUUCUUUGUGGGAGAUCCUUGACCAUUGGUUCGAUUUGAUUUAUGAUUAAAGGGUGCAGCAGAGCCUGUUCUCCCAGAGCACCCAUCCGCUCCCUCUGUUGGCCAGCGCCCCGCCCCCCAAGCUGGUCUGGGGCCAUGUGACUCAUCUGAAUGGGACAGAGAAGAGCUGCCGGGCCACUGGGGGGGCCUCCCUCCCCUCGGUGGCCUUGCCGGCGGCAUCACAAACCAGCAGGUCUGUUUCUCUCUUGUUGGAGGAGAUCCCUCCUUGACCCUGGCCAGACUCCAUCUGAGUAAGAAAGAAAUCUCACUGUGUCCAGCCACCGAGGUUUUGGGGGUUUUCUACUUAGUAGUCGCUCACCUAAGUCAUAGGACAGUGCAGGCUUUCCAUUUCUUCUUGAGUUUUCAUAAGAUCUCUAUCUCUAGGAUUUUGUUCUUAUUGCCUAACUUUCAAAUUUUUGGUAUAACAGUCUUUCCAUGGCAUUUUAAUGGCUUCGGCAUUUGGGACUGUGUCCUUGCGGGGCAGUUGUCCAUUAGGCAAGACCUUGCCAUUCAAGGGAAAGGGAUGCAGGCGACAGACGGCUCUGCCUCAGCUCUUGAGCCAGGGACACACCAGGGCGGCCCUAGCCGGGGACAGCACAGGUGGGACACGAGGGCCACUGUAGGGUUCCUGUGGCGCGGGUGAGGCUCGGUGUGCGUCCUGCUCCAGCAUCCUCCCCACUUCCUAGAGGCUGCCCUGUCCCCCUGGCCAGUGUCCCUGUUGCUCAUUCUCGUGUUCUCCUCACUCCCUUUCCUGCACUGCAGCUUCUGUCCCUUUGCAUCUUCAGCUGAAAUUGUGGACACAUUUGGCUUUAAAACAUUGCUUUUUUUCCACCAUGCUCACCUCCGUGGAUCUGGAAGCCAUGCGCUCUUUCUGGUGCAUUAUCACAGCGUGCGGGUGCCCAUCGGGUCAGGACCUCUGCUCUCCCCCAGUGGCGCCCAGGAGCACGUAGCUCCCUGGGCACCCCUUCUGGCUUACAUGGGGUGGUCUUCCAGUGUUCCAAUGAAAUCUUUAUUCCACAGAAAGCACUUACUUACACUGUUUAUCUGUAUUUACUGUUUAUUCUUUGUGCCACUUCCCUCCAGACAUUCCAUCUGUAGUCAUGUUCCUUCUGCACUUAGAAUUUCUUUUAACGUCUACUGGUGGAAAUUCCCGUUAUGGUCUUAGAAUGCCUUUAUCUUCCUUUUUGAGAACUAUUUCACUGGCCUAGGGUUUCAGGUCGGAACUCAUGGAGGACCUCAUUCCUACCUACCUCUGUGGCUGCU